AUGGCACCAGCUCGCAGCUGCCUCCUGAGCAACCCUGGAAAUAACCACCUUUGCGAGUCUCUUCACACUCAGGUUGACUUGCAGCGCCAGUGGAUUUCCCAGAUUGUGGAAGAGGUGCAGAAGGUUGUCCACCACCUGACCACAGAAAUCAGCCGCCAAGACAUACGAUUUCAAGCCGUCCCUUACUCUGACACAUACAGUGAGAACAUUAAGGUUUUGGCCCCCAGCCAGUUCCUCAUCACAGUCCCAGUGAAAGGUCUGGCCCGGGAGUGGCGCUGGCGGCACUACACCCUGCAGGGUGCCAGGCUCUCCUACCCCCUGAGGGACCCCAAGGGCCUGCAGCAGUGGCUGCAGGUGGAGCAGUUUAUGAGGAGCCUAUGGCAGUGGCACCAGGCAGACGUGAACAUCAAGGGGGAUAUUGUGCCCACUAAGGUCCUCCACGUGUUCCAGAAGCUGGUUGAUGAUGUGAUUGGAAUCUGUCACCUCUCGGUCGUUCGGGUUUGCCUUGCUGGCUGUUACAGUUACCACUGGCAGCUGAGCUUCCUGCGGGCCGAGCAGGUGCUGCUGGAGCAGCUGGAUGAGGACGGGGGCUGCCGCAGGAGAUGUUUUCAGGCCAUGAGGCAGAUGAAGGAGGAUGUCUGGUGUCCAGGGAAGAGGCCUGUUAUCACAUCCCACCAUCUGCAGACAGUGCUCUUUUGGACUUGUGAGAAAUAUCCCCGCUUGAAGGACUGGCAGAUCUUCAACAAAGCAUUCCUGUGCCUGGUGAGGAAGCUGCACAAAUGUGUGAGCCAGCACUUUCUGAAACACUAUUUCGUGCGAAAGAGCAACCUCCUCCCAUAUGCCAACUCAGAUGCCAGGAUCCUGCCUAGGAGAAAAGCAACAUGCAGCAGGGGAAAUUACAUCCACACAGUGAUAUUUAAGGGAGGAAAACUGUGCUUCAAGAUGUCUGAAUCAGGCCUCCCUGGAACCAAGCAAGCAUCUCUAGCUACCUCUUUUGGGGACGGCUCUCAUCAAGCCCCUGCAAGCCAUAGAUUCUGAACCGAUGACAGCUCUGAAUUUAUUUUCCUUUGCUCAGGCUCUUGAUUGUUUGAAUGGGAGGUUGGAGACAAGAACCCCUUGAACAAACAGUAAAAUGGACAAGGGCUUACCUGAUAGGGAUGACUCCCAAAACAGAUAAAUAGACAGGAUUAUUACAAAUUGUAGCAAGUGCUCUGAAGGAACAGAAUACUGAAAUAGAGCCACAGAUCCUUGAAGGCUGAAAAUGCAAGCAGCUGAAGGGGAAGGAAAAGGGGCCAAGGGCAGACUUGGAGGGGCUGGCAUGAGUCAGAUCACUUGGCUUUGUAAAGCUGGUAAGGAAUUUGCAUUUUAUUCUAAAAUCAAACGUGUGACAUUUGGCCUCUUCUGGAGCAGAAGGGUAUCAUGAUCUGAUUUGCAUUUUAAGUGCCUGUUCUAGUGGCUGCAUAAAAGGGGCUUGGGGAUCCACCUAAGAGCAUGAAGGCCCUUUUGGGCUCAUGCAUUUUGAAUUUCACUGGGACCUCAGUGCCAUACACCCAGUGCAGUAUAUUAGCCAGGAAUUCUAGAUUUCUUAGGGAGAUCAAUAGUUUAUUCUGGCACUUACUUAUGCUUCUCAACUCAAAGGAAUCCUUUAUUAGAACAUGUUCCCCCAAAACAUAACAGUGAAAUUCCCAAAAGCAUGAACUGAUUUUUUUUUUUCAAGAAAAGUCACAUUUAAAAAUAAAAACAAUUACUUUUUCAAAAAUACUGUAACCACAUGGAUGGAGUCCCUGGUCUGUCACAUAGGAAAUCAUCAUUUCAAAAUGUUGGGAAAAACAUCCUUCCAAACAUACAGUAAAUUUAUAAUUUUUGAAAACAUGAAAUGAUAAGCAAACCAGUGUUUUGUUAAGUCAUCAAGCUUGCAUUCAAAUUGUCAUAUUCUUGGAUUUUGAGAAAAAUCAUUUUUAAGAAGGUGGUAGAUACAUAAGCGUUAUUUUUUUUUAAUGAUGAAACAGCUGAAGCGAGUUUUAAAACAGAUGUACAGUCACGGAAUGCCAAAAAUAGUGAAAGCUGACUGCACCGUUGAUUUGAAAUGUGUGUAUGUAUAUGAGAGGAGUGAGACUGACACACUCCACAGUCUGAUUCCCAGUAAAUUCUUCCCACCAUUCCCUGUAGAGCUGUGGCUUUCAGGGAAGUGGGGCCACCUGCCAGAUGGCCGAGUGUUCCUACUUGCUGGCCAGCAGAGGGCAGUGAGAGACUGCGUGUCAGAAGAGCCAGGGUCUCACCCACACUCCUCAGAGCCCAGCAGGUGUCACCCUCCUCGGACCUUAACUUCAACAGGGAACCAGGGACAGUGGGUUUCAGCUGACGUUAAACUGUUGACUUUUCCUGCCAUUUUGGCUAACCAUCACAGUCUUUCUGCCUAACGCUCAGAUUUAAAAAGGGAGCCCAUGAAAGGAUAGUUCAUCCAUUCUAUUUCCCGAGACAGAUUCCACAGCUCUGAAAAACCUGGUAAUGUUGCUCCUUUGUUCUGAUUGGCUUUUUGGUUUUUCCUCUUCUCCAUUCAUCUCCAGUCUUCCAGGCACAGGACUGUUUCAUGGUGGGAUGGCUGGUGCUCAGCUGCCACCUGGGGUGACUGCAUUUGCACCCCAGCUCUGACACUAACUGCAGGCCUGCAGGGUGUUCACCCUCUCUCCAUCUCCAUUUUCUUGUGGGCAUUGUGGUGGGCUGAAUUGUGCCCCCACAAAAUUCAUACUUUGAAGCCCUCACCCCCAGUACCUCAGAAUGUGACUGUUUUUGGAGAUAGUGCCCUUAAAGAGGUAAUUAAGUUAAAAUGCAGCCAUUAGGGAACUGCCUUCCCUAAUCAGAUAGACUGAUGAUGUUCUUAGAAGAGGAAGACACCAUGGUCAAGGGUGCAAAGAGAAGAGGCUGUCUGCAAGCCCAGGAGAGAGGCCUCAGCAGAAACCAAUACGGUGGGCACCUUGAUCUUGGCCUUUCAGCCUCCCAAACUGUAAGAAAAUAUUUCUCUGUUGUUUAAGCCAUGUAGUCUGUGGUAUUUUGUUACGGCCUCCCUGGAAAACUUACACAGGCAUCAUAAGAGCAUAUAUACCUCACCACUUUGGUUAAGGGAAUAAAUGGAAUAAUGGAUAUAAAAACUCUUCACUUACUACCUGCCAUGGAGUAACUGUUGAAUAAAUGUUUGACAUUUUAGCCUCCUGCUUCUCAUGGCCAUUCCUCUGCCUCUGCUAUUUCUGAUAACUAUCCCCAUAUAUAAGUAAAGAAAUUUAAAACUGUUACAAGGAGAACAUGUAUAAUAUCGUACCAUAAACCUAAUAAAGCUGUAUUUUCCUUUGUCCCUCUUGCUAAAAUA